AUGGAUUUCUUCAAACGUUCCAAGUUUGACAAGCUGAUUGAGAAGGCGACCAGUGAAAUGCUGAUUGAAUCAGACAUUGAGAGUACCAUUGCAGUUUGCGAUAACGUGCGUAGUCAAGAGAUUUCGCCUAAAUAUGCGGUCCAGUGUUUAAAGAAACGUCUUCAGUGUGACAACCCAAACGUCGUUCUACACUCAUUUGAUGUGCUGGAGUCAUUAAUGAAGAACUGUGGUACACCUGUUCAUGAAGAAGUUUGCAGCACUGACUUUAUGCAGCAGCUUGUUGGGAUGGUUGAUACAUCCCCAGACGUUCGUGCAAAGCUUCUAGAGUGUCUUCAAAAUUGGGCGUAUGUUUUUCGUGAUAAGCCUGGCUACGUUGCUGUGAUAGAUGCUUAUGAGAACCUUAAAAACGCUGGCUACGUUUUUCCGGAGUUCUCAGAGAGUGCUGCUAUGUUCAGUGUAGUUUGUGCUCCAAGUUGGAAGGAAGGAAAUGCAUGCCAUCGAUGCAAGUCCGCAUUUACUACGUUCAGGCGUAAACAUCACUGUCGUAAGUGUGGUCAAGUGUUUUGUGGUGAGUGUACCUCAUCGCGCGCCAUUCUGCCUGAAUUCGGCAUUGAGAAGGAAGUGCGUGUUUGUGAUUUGUGCUUUGAAUCAGUUAACAGAGGAUUGUCUUCUGCUUCAAAUAACUCUGAAGAUAAAAGGUCUGUGGAGAGGGAGAAUCAGCUUCGACGUGAGAAAGAGCGACAACUGGAACAGCAAGAAAACGAGGAUCUCGAAUUGGCUUUAGCCUUAAGUGCUAGCGAAGCAGAGUCGAAUCAGAGGAAUAAUCAAAUAAAGUCUACUAUCAAUGACAAUAAACCUUCACCAUCAUCAGCAUCGCCAACAGUCGCUCACCUUCUCCCAGUUCUCGAUACAAGUGAAAUGGAUCCUGAGUUAGCGCAAUAUUUAUCUAAACAUUAUCAGAGAGCUAAUCCAUCAUCUACUCAGGAUGGCAUAUAUCAAGAAAAUUCUCAAGAACAUCUCAUGCUUCAACAGUCUACCACUCAGCCUAGCGCACCUAUAUAUGCUUCCAGUACACCAUCAGAUAAUGGUACGAUUUCUAUUAACACUCUCAAGUCCGGAGUGAAUAGUGAUUUCAAUGUACCAGGGAAAAGUCGAUCCAGUGAGAUAAAUCCAGCUAAUCCUAACGGUAAGACAGACUUCAACUCAUCGGAAAUCCCAGAUCUAACUAAUCCAAAACAAGAAGAGUUCCUUGAUGCUCUACGUGGUAGUAUCGAAUUUUUCGUAAAUCGUUUGCAGAGCAAUAGUCAAAGAGGACGUAAUAUUUCAAGUGACACAACAGUCCAAACAUUAUUUUUGACACUAAAUAAAAUGCAUCCACAAUUAAUGGACUACAAACACUACAUGGAGGAACGCCGAGCCUAUUUUGAGAAGAUGCAAGACAAACUUAACCAGAUUCGUGAAGCUCGUGAGGCUUUGGAUGCAUUAAGACAUGAUCACGCUGUUCGCAAACAAAUAGAAGAGCAAGAAGCUGCUCGUAUGCGUCAGUUGCAGAUAAUGCAGAAAUUGGAAGCUAUGCGACAACAGAAAAGAGACACUUUGGAGUACAAAUUACGUAUGACACUAAAACAAAAUAUGCAGUACCAACAAGAAUACGGAAUACCACAACAACCCUUACCGUACGGCGUCGAUUCAUUUUCUAGUGUACAAACUGUUGCACCUGGAGAAGGUUACCCAACCAAUUAUACUUUGCCUUAUAUAUCUGGAAUUAAUUACGCAUCAUUUCCACCUGUUCCGAACGGUUACCUACCAAGAGACAAUAGGGUUUAUGCCACACAAUUUCCAGAUCCGAAUUCACUUGUCCCCACUCAAAGUGGUGCUAGUAGACCUAGUUAUAACAUGUCAUACACACCACAAUUUCAUUCAUAUGUUCCCGACCCAGUUGGCCAUAAUAUCCAAACACAUCCUUCGUUUUCUCAAGGAAACCAAAAUCCAGUUCCACCUGGCUCAUUUUCGAUGCAAAGUAUACAGGCAUCUUUGCCGACUUAUACAGGACAGGAUGAUUCAAAAGGUUACCCUGGGAAUCAAACUUAUCCAUCUAGCCAACUUGUCAUGGACGAAAACAAUGUACCCAGGUACACACAGGUUGUGACCCAUCCAAGUGAUGCACCUAACAAUUAUACUGAGUCGGGUGCUGCAGAGGCACAGUUGAUAUCUUUCGAUUAA